CUUUGGACAUUAGGGAUUGCGUUUAGUCUCUGUGGAGGGGGCGAGAGCUUCAAGCGGUCGGGCGCGCGCUCGCUCGCUCGCUCGCUCGGUCGAGCGGAUCGGCUAGUCCUAGCUCGUCAGGUUUCUCUGUUGCCGAUCCGGAUUCUCGGCUCUGGGGUUUGAUAUUCUCCUCUUUGAUCGCUCCGGCACCCCACGCAUUGAAUCAUGGCAUCGGCGAUGCUUGGGAGCUGCUGCGCGACACUCCCGUGCAAAAUUUCCGCCAGGCAGCAGCUCUUCCUCCACGAAUUACGCGGCCGACGCAGCUGGAGUUCUCCCAGGCUCGGUCAGUUCUUGAAUUUGUCGACGAACCAAAGGAUUUACUGUGCGCUAUCAAGUGAAUCCACGACAACCAAAAAGGAAGUUGAAGAGGAGGAAGUUCCAUUGCCUAUUGUUGUAAUCGACCAGGAUGCUGAUCCUCACACCACUGUUGUCGAAGUUAGCUUUGGCGAUCGGCUUGGGGCACUGCUUGACACGAUGAAAUCGCUGCGAGAUCUUGGAUUAACUGUGGUCAAGGGGAACGUUAAGAUGGUUGGAAAUACCAGGCGCAACAGGUUCUCCAUCACACGCGCGGAUAAUGGUCGGAAGGUUGAGGAUCCUGAGCUGCUGGAGUCCAUUCGCCUGACGAUUAUUGACAACCUCUUGAAGUACCAUCCAGAGUCGAGUGCUCGAUUAGCCAUGGGAGAAGCUUUCGGCAUUAAACCCCCGAAGAAGCAAGAGAUUCAAACUUUUAUCACCAUCAAAGAAGAUGGUUCAGAUAAAAGCUUACUGACAAUUGAGACCGCAGAUAAACCUGGUCUCAUGAUUGAGAUUCUCAAAAUCAUCAAUGAUAUUAGCGUGUCUGUCGAAUCAGCUGAAAUGGAUACUGAGGGUCUAAUUGCAAAAGACAAGUUUCAUGUUAGCUAUGGAGGGAAAGCUCUGAGCAAAUCGCUGUCCCAGGUUUUAACCAAUUGCUUGAGGUACUACCUCAGAAGGCCCGUGGAAGAGGAGAGCUACUAGAGUUACUAUAAAUCCUUCUCCACAACAUAGCUAUAUAUCAAAACCUCACUCCGUCCUAGUACGAGACAUGCUUGCAAGCCGGGGGAUUCUCUUCAUAAACUCCGCAGCAAGUGUCCAAGAUAUCAAAGCUAAUGGUAUCAAUGAAAUUGCCAAAAACUAAAGCCUUGGCUUCAUCCAGGUUCGAACUGGAGACCUUCAGUGUGUUA